CGAUUGCUUCAUGUUGAACUGUUAAAUGAGGAACAAAAUAUCCCUUAAGCUUGUAAGCUUCAAAAUGUAUUUUAAUUUUUUUUUCCAGAUGUGGGUGUGCCUAAUGUUUACAAAGGAUAAGGCACCUUUGCAUAUUGUUUAUUGUUGUCUUCAUGUGUUGCUGCACCGAACGUGUUUUCCAUUGUGAGCGAUGCUGUUCAUUAGCCCGUUGGUGGCGUUUUGCAUUGUUUAUUAGCAUGAAGCUAAAUGGAUUGCAUUACUGCACUGAACAGCUCGGAGAAAGAAAAAAAACUUGUCUCUCGACAUACCCUUGCACAAGUGUCCUCUGCUGACAUCCAAGCCGAAGCGAAUACAAAUGCCAGCCUCCCUUGCAACGUGGCCCUGAAGUUGGACAAAGUGGAUGAAGCGUUGAUAGAAGUCAACUGGGUUCGUAACGGCUCAGGCGUGGCCUCUUUCAAGAACGCCACGGCGUGGAUUGAUGACAACUUCUUUUGGACCCCGGGCCGUUUCCUCAGCGGAGACUUUUCAGUGAGCGUCCGGCGUGUCGGCCUGAGCCUGCAGGGCGCGUAUGAAUGCACGGUCCGCUAUAACUCCACCAUGCUGGACUCGAGCACGGUUACACUCAGCGUCUUUGCUCCCCCAUCUGUGUCAGUGCCUCCUCACCAGUGGCUGGCGCUGGAGGAAGAGGGCCAACUGGAAUGCCGCGCAGAUGGCUUCUACCCUCCACCUGUAACGGUCACCUGGACCAGAGACGGCCAAGUCAUUCAGCCCGCCGAGCAGCUCGACGGUGAGAAGACCCCCGAUGGCUUCUACAGAGCAGUUGCCAACCUCACCUACUACCCAACUCGAUGGGACCAGAACACGACUUUCGGCUGCAAAGUGAGCCACAAUGGCGUCGACCAAGAGCUCCAUUUUCUUCUCAACAUCACUUACUCCCCCACCAUAAGACUCUCAGCAGUCCCCUCGCCUUCCUCCAACAGUCCUCUAACCCUCUCCUGCAACAUGGAGAGCUUCUACCCGGAGGAGAUGUCCGUCUCCUGGCUACAAAACGGCACAGUCCUCCCCGAUCCGCCUGACACCGAGCAGAAUCCGGAUGGGACCUUCAGAACCACCCGCUACUUCACGCUGAGCCAAGAGCAGCGGUGGAGGGGGGGGGAAGUGGAAUGCGCCGUCAAUCAGCCCGGAGCGAUGAACUCGGCCCGGGCUGCAGCAUACCUGGAAGAACUGGAUCCUCAAGAUAAGGAACCAGUGCUCACUAAAUCCGCGAAGGCAUCCGUGGCACUGAUGUGUAUCUCCCUGGUGCUUGUCUUCCUCUUGUGCUUUGGCUUUUCUUGGAGGCGAAGAGAUGAGAAGCAAAAGUCGCUUGCCGUGUCGGGCAUCAUCCUCCCCCCUCGCAUCGUCGUAGGUCAAAAGGGCAGGGUGAGCGUGAGCAUCGAAGGCAGGAGGGUGGAGCGGGUCCAGACCACCUGGUUCCUCAACGACACGCCGAUCUCCGACACCUCCCUCACAGCGCCGGAGAAAGGUCCUCUGCUGCCCUCUAGAGGAGAGACUGGCUACUACAAGUUGCAUUCCCAAGGCCCGCUGUACUCAACAGCGAGUGGAGUCCAGCAGCUCGUCUCGUCGCUGACCUUCAUCCCGCAGAUCUCCAUCCACAAGGGAGCCGUGUUUAAGUGUCAGGUGGCCUACGCGGGCAAAGACAAAAUCGUGAUGGAGAGAGUCUCCGAGAGGUUCACCGUUCUAUCUGCACCAGAGGUUUCCGAAAUCCAGCUGGCAGAAACGCGAAACAACCCGGGGGUCGUCAGCAUGACCGUGCGAGCGUCCCACUUUCACCCGGACGUCAUCACCUUUCGCUGGUUCUGCCAGGGGGGAGAGCUGAGCCCGGUGGCUUCAAAGGCCUCAACCUCCCCUCGACCCAAUUCCGAGGGCUUCUUUACGGCCUCCAGUCAGUGCAAACUGCCGCGAGCUGAGAUGGAGCAGGGAGGAACUAGAGUGUGGGUCAGCGUCCAUCACAUCGCCCUCAAGCAGCCGGUCACUCGGGAGACCAGAGGCUUCAUCAAGCAGCCACGCGUGUCCGACAUCUCGUCCGCCUCCUCGGCACCGGACCAGAUGCUGACCCUGGGGUGCGAGAUCACCGAUUUCUACCCGCCCGACGUUACGGUCACGUGGUUGAAGGUGAGAGGGGGCGAGCAAGACGACAGCGAGGACGAAGUGCUGGAGAGCUCGGAGAUGUGGGGCCCCGUGGAGAUUCAGCCCAGACUCUACAGGACCACGGCUACUUUGAGGACCGCCAACAACCGUGAGAAACGGCAGCGAGGGGGAGGGAUUAAAUGCCGAGUCGAGCACAUUUCCCUACAAGAACCCAUUGAGAGGCUUUGGAGAAAUGUUGACAUUGUUGCUCCCAGCAUCCCUUCAUCCAUUUCGGUAUGUUGGAGCAGCGAGGGAGUGGGCGUAUUCUCUCUCCUGUUGAAAGGGGGUCACCCCAAGGUCAAGUUACUGUGGACAGCCGGCGGGACCACCCUCUCGCCGCUCGAUUCUAAUGAGACGGAGGAGAUAGGUGAUGACGGGCAGAGGGAGCUGAAAAGUGUGUGCGCCCUCGAGAGGUCCACACAAGUGCCAGGUCAAAGUGACAAAUGGAGGAAAAUGAAAACCAAAGCAGCUGUCACAUACCCGGACACCGACGGGAUAGCGUACAUCGACGAGAAAGCGGACGGGGAGAACAAUAACAACGAGGAAAAAUACGAAGAAACCAAGUCGUCAGAUGGAGAGGAGGCCAGCGAUGAUGACGUUGAUGAUGAUGAAAGAGAGGAAGACUCGGCAGCGUUACACAUCAAUAGAGUUAAUUUGACGGACGGGAGCAAGGGAGGCGAGAGAGCUCGGUUGAGAGUUAUUGUGGAGCUCACACACCCCGCACUCAAAAUUCCCGUUUACAGAAGCUGGACAGAGCCCAAUGAGGAAAUAUCUUCCAUGUGAACAUCCUCACAGUUACAAAAAACAUUUUCCUGUCCCACUUUUUACUAGGUAAUAGUUUGUGUCCAGUUUUUGUAUUUGUCAUUGAGAUCAAUUUUACUUCCGGUAGUUUAGGUGUUUUAUUUAUUAUGAUGUUUCUUCCAGCUGCUUGAUUAUUUGUAAAUGUUCUUAUUUUUGUACAAAUAUAUUUUACCAAAUUGAAUUACUAUCAAAUUCAGCAAAUAAAAUCGGACCUCAGUUUGGGGUGGAAAUAAGUAGGAUUGUUUUUGUUGUGUUUGACAAGAAAUGGAAAUUAGUCACCAUGCAGAACUGAUGCGGCCAAUGAGCUACUUCCUGUAUCAAAUGAAACUUUAUCUUACCACAUUAUCGCCGCAUACAGGAAGUUGUUUUAGUUCCUCUUGCCCAAGGGUUGGCUGUGCAGAGGAAAUAGUUACACACAAGGUUUUCUGAAAAUAAUCUCACUGGCCACUACAUUAGGGACGCCCUAGAAACUGCCUAUUCUUUAUAUCUUUUGUAAAUCUUCUAUAUCCUAUAUAUUUAUUCUGUGCCUAUUAUUCCUACAAAUUUAGUGCACUUAAUACCAUUUUAUGAAAGCUACAUUAAAAUGUUUUUUUAAACUUUUAACGGGCCAUAUGAAAUGCCCUUGAAGGGUUGCUCUGGACCGCAAGCCUUGAGUUUGAUACCAAUGUCAUGCGAAACAGCCAAUUAAAAUACUUAUGACGUCUUUGAAAUAAAUAAGAAUUUUUCAAUUCACUUUUAAAUGGUUUAUUAUUGUAUAAAAAAAUUGAUUGGCGAUUGAUGGAGAAUGCAUUUCAAUAAUAUUCAGCUGUGCUUAAUCAUGCGCCUCAUUGACCGGAAGAGUUUGUAUUAUGAGGAACCCAUGCUGAGGGGAACAAACAUUUUGUCGCCGCUUGAUACGGAUGCGAACUUUUAGCCAGGCAGGAGAAUAUUUGUGCUUUUAUUACGACUCAUUGGAACAGGAAAAAAAGUUUAAAUUCGCUUGCAAAGUGUCAUUUUAGGCUAUGGAUGCAGGCAGAGUCGAGGGGACGCUAUGGAAUGUUGUGUAUUACCUAGUUGGAGCUGUCAGCAGAUUCCUUAGCCCUGAACCUUCUAACAUCAAUAAUGUGCCAGUCCAAGAAUCCAAAAGUGAUGAUCAAAAUGUUUCUGGUGGCGUUCGUGAGGAUCAAUCUGACAUGGGGGCGUGUCAGUUGAAUAAAUCGCUGCCUUCUUGGGCUGGUACGGAAGAUCAGCUCAAGAUUGAACCACAGCCUGAAGGAUGUGAGAAGGAGGAAACCGGACUAAAGUCUACAGACAUCAACAAAGAAGAUGUCCAAAUUCAUACGAGCGGGAUGAACACAGUUGACCUAAAACACACCAGCAACGGAGAGUCAGACGCAAUAACGGCUGAAGUAGAGGCGGACGACAAUUGCAUGGCAGAAGUAGAGGUCAAGGCGUCACAGGAAACUGGCAAAGCCUUUAAAAAUCCGCCCUGUGAGCCAGCGUGCGAGGAGCAGCCUCCUGAACACAACAAUGAAGCUUCUCCAGAUGGAAAUAAAACACAAGGAUUCCUGGAAGCGGAGGAAAUGCAGACCCACCGACAAUUACAAGAAGAGGCGGAGAACCUUGGAAACAACACACUCCCAGAGCAGAAUUCAAAUGCACUUAAAGACGACAUGGAAGAUCUUCAGGAGGAGAUUCAAGGAGUUGAUCUGGAACGAACUCUGCACUUGUGCGAUGCAUCCGGAGGCGACAAUGAGACCAGAAAGGAAACUGCAGGAUUCCCUCAUGAAAAACUCCACACGGACCAAGUCAUCCUUGAUACGACCUCAUCGGACGAGAGCUUUGACCCUGAACAAGACGAGCUAUCAAACGAGUCUACGGACAGGCGGAACGACACGGAUAGCUUCUCGGUUAUAUCUUCGCCCGAGUUGGGCUUCUCGGAUUACUCCUUUGGCGAGUCGGCUUCUACCUGGGAAGCGGCGAAAGCGCUCGAGCGGGGCGACGAUGGAGACGUUCUUAAGUCGAAUGCGUCGGAAACCCGAAAGAUUGAUUCCGAGGAGGGACCGUUGACGAAGAUUUUGCAAUCAUCGGACAAAGCGGAAAAGCCCAAAGGUGAAGCUGAGAUGGGCAGCUUUGCGUUGAACUUUGCCCCUCAAAGGUCAAGAAUCGCCGUGAAAAAUCCUCGCGCGAGGCCACCGAAAGAUCGCCGCGCCCUUCUUCUGAGACCCUCUGUGGAUCCUGAAACUGCGCCGCCGGAAAUCCCCAAAUCCAAAACCCCCGCCCGUGUUCAUGUGUUGGGAGGCUUGGGAUUCGGACUCAAGCUGCCCGGUCGGUUUCUUCUAAUCACAAAACCGACUCGUCAUCACAGUCGGUAAACAAUGUCACAUUAAAAUUUGGUUUUUUAGGGUUCGGUUCAGGCUUUCCUGUUGUCAAAAAGGUACCAAGGAUGGUAAGUGGUAGUCAGCCUCCAGUUAUUGUUUGAUACUUCCUCAGUUAAUGCUGACUACCAACAGGAAGUGGAGGUCAAACCACUGCCAGAGACCGAUGCCACCAAACGAGCAGAGGUGCCGGGCAAACCAAAAUGGAUGCCACCGAGACAAGCAGGAUUUGGAAAUCCAUUCAUAUCAGAGCUCAAGACCAAAUUGAAGAAAGCCACCAAAAAUUGACUGUACUUUUUUUUUUUUUGUGAAUACUGUAUUUGGAUAUAUUAUCAAAUGUUUUGUGUGAAAAUGAGUUUUGUAUUAAACUUAAGUCUAAAGCAA